AUGUCUCGUACAAGCUGGAAGGACAUCCCGCCUGUUCCCACGAACCAGGAGUUUCUGGAUAUUGUGCUCAGCAGGACCCAGCGCCGGUUGCCUACGCAAAUCCGAGCUGGCUUCAAGAUCUCCCGUAUUAGAGGCUUCUACACCAGGAAGGUCAAGUUCACUGCUGAAACUUUCUCCGAGAAGUUUUCCCAGAUCAUCUCAACUUUCCCGCGCCUGCAGGACAUUCAUCCUUUCCACCGCGAUCUUCUAAACACCCUUUACGAUGCCGACCACUUCCACGUCGCUCUGGGUCAGAUCUCGACCGCGAAGCACUUGAUUGAGACCAUUGCUCGAGACUAUGUCCGCCUCCUCAAGUAUGGCCAGAGUCUGUACCAGUGCAAGCAGCUCAAGAGGGCAGCGCUUGGUCGCAUGGCCACCCUCUGCAAGAGGCUCAAAGACCCUCUCCUGUAUCUUGACCAAGUGCGCCAGCAUCUUGGUCGUCUGCCGUCCAUCGACCCCAACACCAGGACCCUCUUGAUCUGCGGUUUCCCAAAUGUCGGCAAGAGUUCAUUCUUGAAGUCCAUCUCCCGAGCAGAUGUCGAGGUCCAGCCUUAUGCCUUUACCACAAAGUCACUCUUCUGCGGCCACUUUGAUUAUAAAUAUCUGAGGUUCCAGGCCAUCGAUACCCCGGGUGUUCUCGAUCACCCUCUUGAGGAGAUGAAUACUAUCGAGAUGCAGUCCAUCACCGCCAUUGCGCAUCUGAGGUCUGCGAUUCUGUACAUGAUGGACCUGUCGGAGCAGUGUGGCUACUCCGUGCAGGCACAGAUCCAAUUGUUCAAGAGUCUGAAGCCCCUUUUUGCCAACAAGCUCAUCUUCAUUGUCAUCAACAAGAUUGACGUCAUGAAGCCGGAGGACCUCGAUGCCGAAACCCAAGCCGAGCUGCAAAGCUUGCUCAAGUCUGGCGAGGUCGAGCUCCUGCAGGCUUCUUGCAACACGCAGGAGGGUGUGCAGGCUGUCAAGAAUGCCGCCUGCGAGAGGCUGAUCGCUGAGCGUGUGUCGCAGAAGCUAAAGGCUGGUACCUCGAGCAGCGGUGCUGUCGGUGGCAGACUGGCGGACGUCAUGGCGAGGAUCCACGUGGCCCAGCCGAUGGACGGCGUGGUGCGGGAAGCCUUCAUCCCAGAUGCCAUCAAGAACCUCAAGAAGUACGACAAGAGUGAUCCCGAGCGGAGGAAACUGGCCAAGGACCUCGAGGAGGAGAACGGUGGUGCUGGUGUGUUCAAUGUCGACCUGCGCGCCGACUGGCUUCUCAAGAACCCAGAGUGGAAGUAUGACAAGAUUCCCGAGGUGCUCGACGGUAAGAACGUAUACGACUAUGUCGACCCGGACAUCGACGCCAAGCUGGCCGCCCUGGAGGAGGAGGAAGAGCGCCUCGAGAAGGAGGGCUACUACGACUCGGACGAGGAGAUCGACGACGACGAGGAGCGCGAGGUCCUCGAGAAGGCCGAGCUCAUCCGCGAGCAGCAGGCCCUGAUCCGCAACGCCGCCAAGAUGAAGAAGUCGCUCAAGAACCGCGCCAUCAUCCCGCGCAAGAAGACCAAGAUCCCGCUCGCCGAGAUGGACGACGCGCUCGACCGGCUCGGCGUCGACACGACCGAGAUCGUGGCCCGCGGCCGCGCGCAGGCGGCGUCGCAGUCGCGCGGGCGGUCGACGACGCGCAGCCGCGCGGGCACCGGGGACGACCUCGACGCCAUGGACGUCGACGCGACGCCGCGCGACCGCCUGCGGUCCAAGAGCCGCGCGCGCAGCCAGCCCGCGACCAACAGGCGCGUCGACGGCGUGCGGGACGAGACGGUGCGCAGCAAGGCCGAGCGGCAGGCCAAGCUGGACCAGCGCAAGAUGAACAGGAUGGCCCGGCAGGGCGAGGCCGACAGGCACGUCCCGGCGGCCAUGCCCAAGCACUUGUUUGCCGGCAAGCGCGGUAUGGGCAAGACGGCUCGUCGUUAA